CAAAAAUCGCGUAUAUAAAUCAAACUUUAACGGAAACAAGCUUAUCAGAUAAUCUGUUGGACCCGUCCACCUGAGCCGUUAUGAGCGCCGUUUAACGAUUUAAAUCAAUCGAUUUAAGCACCAUUUUCUUGCAUUCUCCAACAAGUACAACAUACUUUUUUAUUUUUUUUGGUUCCUGUUCUUCGGGCUGUGAGAUGGGGUUUUAUCCGUUGAAGAAAAAGGGUGUUUGUUACACGCCGGAACAGUGGUUGCAUUACUCUAAUUACAAAAUGAACGAACAAGAAAUUCUUGAACGAAGAUUUGCGAAAAGAGAAACUCGACACCGUUCUCGGCCAUUACCGUCGACUCCCGUUGAAUCGCGUAGACAACGUAUCAUUGCUCCUGUGCCGCAAAAAGCGAAACAUGUUCACCGAAAACCCUGUCCUCCCCAAAACAUUGAGAAGGACGUCAAUAGACAUGCGACUGGAAAACAACAACUCGUCUCAGAACAAUCCUCUAAAGGCUUAAUAUCUUCGUGUUCGAUUUCUCUGGCCCUAUUCCGAAAGUAUCCGAUACUAGCAUAUGCCAGUUUUGUCGGAGCAGUGACUCUAUUUACAAAAAACAAGUGGACCAUUGCAGCACUUUCCUUCAUUACUGGUUAUGUUUAUUCGGCUUUUUCAUCAUCAUAACAAUUAACAAGAAAGAGAAGCGCUCAAGUAUGUGUCUCUUUCAUUCUCAGUGUACUCAUGUGCUCCUUCUGUUACAUUCAAUCUCUCAUACGUAUUCCUUUUAUAAUUUUGUUACCUGUUUUUGACUCACAUAUCUCCAAGUGUAUGAAUGAAAUGAACCUAUAUAUCAAG